AUGGAUAUUCCAAGUCCUACCAAGCUUAAGGGGAAAUUUGUAGGUAUUCUUGUUUGUUGGAUUCUUGGAUUUGGAUCACUCAUUGCUUGGAAUAGUUUAAUGAGCAUAGGAGAUUACUACUAUGCACUGUUUCCAAAUUAUCAUCCUUCAAGAGUACUCACCUUAGUGUAUCAGCCAUUUGCACUUGGAACAAUAGUAAUUCUUGCAUAUAAUGAGGCAAAAGUUGAUACAAGAAAGCGCAUCUUAGUAGGAUAUACCCUGUAUACCUUAAGCACACUCACACUCAUUCUGUUGGAUUUGGCAUCUUCUGGUAGGGGUGGAAUAGGAAAUUACAUUGGUGUAUGUGCCAUAGUAGGUUGUUUUGGAAUUGGGGAUGCUAUUGUUCAAGGUGGAAUGACUGGAGAUUUAUCAUUCAUGUGUCCUGAGUUCAUUCAAUCGUUUUUCGCUGGUCUUGCUGCAUCUGGUGCAGUUACGUCUGGUUUAAGGCUAAUGGCCAAGGCAGCUUUUGAAAACAGUAACAACGGUUUACGCAAAGGAGUUAUGUUGUUCCUUGCCAUCUCCGUAUUCUUUGAAUUCCUAUGCAUCCUUCUAUAUGCAUUCAUAUUCCCUAAGCUACCAAUUGUGAAGCACUACCGCACAAAGGCAGCUCUAGAAGGAUCAACAACUGUUGCAGCAGACUUAGCUGCUGCAGGCAUCGAAACUCAAUCAAUCGAAAAAGCUAAUAAUGAUGCUAAACAAUCGGAACGUCUUAGCACCAAACAACUAUUUUUCCAGAAUAUUGACUAUGAGUUGGACCUGUACUUGAUUUAUGUCGCCACGUUAUCAAUUUUCCCCGGGUUCUUGUAUGAAAACACUGGUACCCACACAUUGGGGUCAUGGUAUGCUCUAGUUCUGAUAGCAAUGUACAAUGUUUGGGAUCUGAUAGGAAGAUAUGUUCCACUGAUUGAUAAAAUCAAGUUGAAAUCACGAAAGGGCCUCAUGAUCGCGACCCUCUCUCGUUUCUUACUGGUCCCUUGCUUCUACUUCACUGCAAAAUAUGGUGAUCAAGGUUGGAUGAUAUUUCUGGUAUCCUUCUUGGGACUCACAAAUGGUCAUCUCACUGUUUGUGUCAUGACAGCUGCACCUAAAGGAUACAAGGGGCCUGAGCAAAAUGCAUUGGGUAAUUUGCUAGUAUUAUUCAUAUUAUGUGGAAUAUGUUCUGGUGUUGCUUUAGAUUGGUUGUGGAUUAUUGGUAAUGGAAAAUUCUGA